ACCCAUGUCACAACUGCGGAGGCGAAACGGCGUCGACGUUUAAUCACAGACAGAACAAGGUCUGUGCAUUCACCAAGUGGCAUAAUUUUCUAGCCUAAAAACGACUGAAAGAAGCCUAGCCAUGGGUUUCAUUGGAAAGAACUAUUUCAUUGCCAUUGACACAUGGUUAAAUUCUGCAGUGGAUAAACUAUUUGGAGAGAGAGAUCCAAGAGUACGAGGUUGGCUGCUACUGGACUCCUGCACACCCACUCUUGUCCUCACCUUCAUCUACAUCCUGAUAGUCUACCUGGGACCAAAGUAUAUGAGGAACAAGAUACCUUACUCUUUGAAGAAUAUAUUGUUAUUGUAUAACUUUGGUGUCACCAUACUCUCUUUCUACAUGCUGGUGGAGCUUAUUUCAGCAACCUGGUCGGCUGGGUACAAAUUAACAUGCCAAGGGCUAUUUGAUGCAGGGGAGGGGGACAUCAGGGUAGCAAAAGUGCUGUGGUGGUACUACUUCUCUAAGCUAAUCGAGUUCCUCGACACCAUCUUCUUCAUACUAAGAAAGAAGAACAAUCAGAUUACCUUCUUGCACGUGUAUCACCAUGCCUCCAUGUUUAACAUCUGGUGGUGUGUUCUCAACUGGAUCCCAUGUGGACAGAGUUUCUUUGGACCCACACUGAAUAGCUUUAUCCAUGUGCUGAUGUAUUCAUACUAUGGGUUGUCUACCAUUCCCUCGAUGCACAAGUACUUGUGGUGGAAACGCUAUCUCACACAGGCCCAGCUGGUUCAGUUUAUAUUAACUAUAACACACACAUUAAGUGCAGUGGUUUUCCCCUGUGGUUUUCCUCUGGGCUGCCUGUUCUUUCAGUCCAGCUACAUGGUUACACUUGUUAUCUUGUUCAUCAAUUUUUACAUGCAGACAUACAGAAAAAAGCCAGCUAGAGAUGACAAAGCUAAGGAGAUGAUGAGAAACCACAUAAACGGGACCUCAUCCUGUGUUAAUGGAGCCAAACAUAAGCAUCAGUGAUGACACAUCAUUACUGAUUCUUUAAAAUCCAUCUUUCAUGUUAGCUAACCUAAUACCAGGAAUAAUCCUCAUAUGUAAUAAUGUAGUUGUGCUUUUUAUAUAGAGUAGUUAUUAACCUUUGUAUUUUGGCUUUCUUUGUUCCUCUGAAAACUUGAAUGUUAUGAUUUUAGUGUUGUACUGUAGCCAUGUAUGGAAGUGGCACACUCAGUAUCUUGAGCAUUUGAAAAUAAUGUCAAUAUUUUCCUGAGAGCCAGGAGAUUCCAUAAUCAAAAAUUACACAUUUUAAUCACAUCAUCAGUCAUCACAUGAAACUAAUUGUUAUAUAAAGUCAAGAUUAGUUUCAUUCAUACUUUGUCCCACACUGACAAUCAUGGACUUAGAAAAUUUACACAUCACUGUCAUUAUACAUUGAGGGAAAAAAAUUUUGAUCCCCUGCUGAUUUUAUGUUUGCCCACUGACAAAAAAAUGAUCAGUCUAUCAUUUUAAUUGUAGGUUUAUUUUAACACAGUGAGAGAGUAACAAAAAAUUUUAGAAAAAUGCAUUUCAAGAAAGUUAUAAAUUGAUUUGCAUUUUAAUGAGUGAAAUAAGUAUUUCAUCCCCUAUCAAUCAGCAAGAUUUCUGGCUCCCAAGUGUCUUUUAUAUAGGUAACAAGCUGAGAUUAGGAGCUUAAAAGGUAGUGCUCCUAAUCUCAGCUUGUUGCCUGUAUAAAAGACACCUGUCCACAGAAGCAAUCAGAUACAAAACUCUCCACCAUGGCCAAGACCAAAGAGCUGUCUAAGGAUGUCAGGGAUAAGAUUGUAGACCUACACACUGCUGGAAUGGGCUACAUCACCAAGCAGCUUGGUGAGAAGGUGACAACAGUUGGUGCGAUUAUUCGCAAAUGAAAGAAUAACAAAAUAACUGUCAAUCUACCUCGGUCUGGGGCUCUAUGUAAGAUCUCACCUCGUGGAGUUUCAAUGAUCAUGAGAACGGUGAGGAAUCAGCCCAGAACUACACGGGAAGAGCUCGUCAGUGAUCUCAAGGGAGAUAGGACCAUAGUCACCAAGAAAACAAUUGGUAACACACUACGGUGUAAAGGACUGAAAUCCUGCAGAGCCCACAAGGUCCCCCUGCUCGAGAAAGCACAUGUACAGGCCCGUCUGAAGUUUGCCAAUGAACAUCUGAAUGAUUCAGAGAAGAACUGGGUGAAAGUGUUGGUCAGAUGAGACCAAAUCAACUCAACUUGCUGUGUUUGGAGGAGGAGGAGGAAUGCUGCCUAUGACCCCAAGAACACCAUCCCAGGUCACAGGACAACUGCAUCACAUGAAAGGGACGAUGGAUAUACAGAUCUGCAAAGAGGAGUUGGACAAAAUCCCUCCUGAGAUGUGUGCAAACCUGGUGGACAACUACAAGAAAAAUCUGACCUCUGCCAAAAAGGGUUUUGCCACCAAGUACUAAAUCAUGUUUUGCAAAGGGGUCAAAUACUUAUUGCACUCAACAAAAUGCAAAUCAAUGUGUAACUUUUUGAAAUGCGUUUUUCAGGAUUUCUUUUGUUAUUCUGACUCACUUUUCAACUAAACCUACUAUUAAAAUUAUAGACUGAUCAUUUCUUUGUCAGUGGGCAAACGUACAAAAUCAGCAGGGGAUCCCUCACUGUAAUAUUUGGCUCUUCACCACAAUAAUAUAGGGAAUUAAAUCAGUGGACAAAAGUUCUAUAUAGAUGGGAUUAAAUUUACAUGGGGUUCUGGCGUAAUUUCCUGUUUUACAGAUGCUCCUCUGUGACUAUUCUUUUCCGGAUUGGCCACAUUGGCAUUUCGAUCUGUCAUCAUCUGAGAAAAUUACAGGCUGAAGUUUGAUAAUUGUCUGAUAAUUUUAGUCUUGUUCGCAUUCACCUAUUUUCUGUGCAGACGUUGCUUCACAUUGGAAAAAUAAGCUCCUACGUUUGUGUUAUUUCUGCCUGGGUGUUAGAUUUUUAUAUCCGAGUAGAUGUGUAAAAUUAUAUUACUGAGGGCUCCCUAACAAAUCUUAACAGAACUAGAGAGUUCUUUUGGACUACAGCAACAUGAGUUGACUGGGUGGCCAUUGUGUGGACAUUCCUAAAAACACAGUGCCUUGCAGAAUAAAUCAAAAUGACAGUUUUUUUUUUAAUUCAGUGCUCCUAGCAUAAUUAUAAAAUUAUUUGUAGAAAAGAAUAUUUUGUUCUCUCUCUCUCUCUCUAUAUAUAUAUAUAUAUAUAAAAAAAAUAUAUAUAUAUAUAUAUAUAUAUAUAUAUAUAAAAAUAUAGAAUAAAUAAUAUAUUUUAUUAAUAAGAGAAUAUUAAGAGUAUAAGAUUUCAAUUUCAUGGUAGAGCCCACUAGCAGUAUAUUUUCAAACGCCUAAUGACAAUGGUUUAAAAAAAAAAAGAGCAUACUAUUAAUACACUAUUUAGUGUGAUCCUUUCAUUUCAUACAGACCCAAGACCAACUCCUUUUUGUAUAUACAGGGCAAAUGAUGACCUGGCCAUUUUUUGGCCUAAAUGCAACAUCUUACGCAAAAUUAUUUGGGUAUGCAUUUAAUUAAAAAUGUUGGAGUAAUCAUGUAAUCUCUUGAUCUUUAGAUAAAAUCAGAAAGGUUCAAAUCUGAGAUUCUCUAAUCUUCAAAAAUAAACUAGUAUGUGUCAAAUCAAUAA